UUACGUCGUCGCUUUUUAGUUGACACGCUCAAACAACAGCAAGAUUUCUUUAAAAGAAAAAGAAAUCGAAAACAUCGAUGAAAACCGCUCGAAUCGAUAGUCCUUACACUGCAAAAGAUCCAUCACAUGGAUUUUUCCUUUGGAAUGGUCUUACUUGGAUGCAGAAGGAAGAAAGAUUUUGCGACGUCACUCUUAAAAUCGGAAAAGAUCGAAAGUUACGAGCUCAUCGCGCUGUAUUAGCGCUAUCGAGCAAGUACUUUGAAGCGCUUUUCGGAACGGAUUGGGUCGAAGGAAAAUCAAACGAAGUUGAACUUCUUGGUUUCGAUGAAGACGCCAUUACGAAUUUGGUUCGGUUUGUGUACUCGGGAAGUGUCGACAUUACCACAGAUAAUGUUCAGUACGUCCUGGAAGUCGCCAAUUAUCUGGGAAUAGAGUUCGUACAGAAAGAGUGUAUACGAUUCUUGGAAGAAAAUCUCAAUAAGAACAACUGUCUGAACGCUCUUCAAAUCGCAGACAUGUUUGCCUUCGAGUAUUUGAGAGAGGAAGCAAAACUAGUCGCCGUACGCUAUUUCACAGAAAUUUGCAUGACGCAAGAUUUUAUUUAUCUUCCAUAUCAUUUAUUGACGGAGUUACUGAGAGAGGAAAGCAUCUGUGUGGUUGUUGAUGAUUUGAUUCCUAGCGCCGAUAAGAGAGAGAGCGUUGUUUUACAAGCCGUGUUUCGAUACGUACAGCACGAUCUCGGUAAACGAGCAGAUUUUUUGCCGAAACUUUUGGCCCUGGUGAGACUUCCGACUCUGUCAAGGCAGCACCUCCAAGAGAUCUCAAAACACAGCUUAAUAAUUGACUGCGGUUGUGAAGAGAUUGUUGAAAGAGCACUGGGUGUAAAAUCGAAUGAUACUGGGGACGGUUCGACCGAUUCAAACUGGGCCAAGAGGAGAGAUUUUGCUAAGUGCGUGGUCACAUGGGGUCGAACUUUUGCCGGUACCCAACGAAUUCAGUCGAAAACAUCUUUCAUCACCGGUCAACGUUUUCUUGAGGAUUCGAUUGACGGUGUCACUGAUGAAGGCGUCUACAUCACAGGAAUAACCGUGUGGAGGAACUUCCCAACAGAACAGCCGCAAUCUAUCUGUGGAUUAGAGGUGUUUUACAGCAACAACUCAACUGGGUUGUAUGGUGUCAAGUCAAGACGAAAACAAAACGAAAUCUUCCUUAGAGAAAAUGAAAAGAUUGUUAAGGUGGAAGUUCAGAGCGGAACGCUGAUUAACAGCCUAACGUUUUAUACAAAUAAGAAGGAUUCUUAUGGCGGUUUAAAGUCCUAUCGCGGGUUUUGCCCCGAUUAUCAUGGCAGCUGUCAAGGUAGCCACGUGACCGUUCGAGGUCAGAGUCCGCCUGGAAUCUGUGGAUUCUUAGCUGGCGUUGCCGGCGAAAUAUCCGAGUUCCAAGGACAGCCGUGUAUCACGAGGCUUCAGCUUGCAUGGAAAACAUUUGUUUGCAAUGACUUAGGUCUCACAUCGCGGUUUGAGUAUUUUGAGCCAGGAAAGUGCGAAAUUGUCAACAGAUCCCUCCGACCACCAUACCAAAAGCAAUGAUAAUGAUGUUGCAGUGAAAGUCGUGGCAAACAUGAUGAGGAAUGAAUGAUGUUGAUAAUGAUAACGAUGACAGUGACAAAGUUGACGACAGAUCACUUUCAGUAUCUGAGCAACUGCGCACCUACCCCACCCUUAACUCGACAACUGUCAGCUGAUCUGAAACUAGGGGAGGGGUGGGUGCGUAGUUCUCAGAUACCAACCAUGAUUCUGACCACGAUAGAGUUGAAUCGAUGAUGAUGGUGAAGGUGACCUUGAACUGUUGCUAUGGUAACGACAUUUACCGCGAUGUUCAGAAUGGGGAGAACGAUCACGAGCAUGAUGAAGCUGACGAUGACGGUCAUGAUGACGAUGAUAGCUACGAGGAUAAUUAUCAGCGGGGUAACUAUGGCGUCGAUUUUAAGAACGGUAUAGAGGAUAUUGACGGCGACAGCAAAGACCACCACGAUCGUUGGCUGUGUACAACCGCGCCCCACUCCCAUACAGGCCUUUAUAGAUUAUGCUAGUAAAAGUAGCGUAUUAUGCUAGUAGCAUUGCUUUUUCUUUGGCGAAAUUAUGCU